CAUACAUACACGCACGUAUUGAAUAUGUUUUAUAAUAACGAGUAUAUGUAUAUUUAAGUGAUAAGAAAGGAUGCAAUCGAAAAAAAACGUCAUCGAACGUUAUCGGUGAAUAUUUGCGAACGGUGUCGAGUCUCAUUUUCAGUCAACGUUUAGUGCGUCAACGUUGUGGACUUGUUCUUCGAUUAUAUAUUUGCCACGAAUACGAAAAGUCUCGGGCGUAAAGUGAAAAAAGAAAAAGAUUUUCUCCCUCUCCAAAGGAGCCCUUUUUUUUUCUCUCGUCCCUUCUACUUCUUCUUGUCAAAAGCCAUAACCAUGCUCGAUGACCGAUGGAGAAGCGCCAACAACUUCAAAGAUUUAAUCCCAUCUUCGAGUACUCGUCGAAUAUAAACAAGGAAAAAAUUAAGAAUGAGCCAUGUCGAGUUACGAAAACGAGAAUUACAAAGAAAGAAGGACAACGUUGAUCGUAAAAGUCUAAAGGGAAGUUUUAAAUAUAAAAAAAUGGUUGGCCUAGGUAGCGAAGAACUUAGUUCUAAUAUCUCCGACAUAACUAUGGAUUUGGAAAUGAAUUCUGACGAUGAGAGUGAAGAGAGCGAUAAUCAGAGAUUAAUAAGAUCAUCUAUCAAGAAAGAAGCUGGUAAUAAUCACAUAAAAAAGUUGAGUACUCAGAAAGUUCAAGAUACAACAGAGGACGACAAUGUUUGGUCAAUAUCCAUUCAAAUGUUUAUACCGUUUUUACUUGCUGGUUUUGGUAUGGUCGCAGCUAGUCUUUUAUUGGAUGUUGUUCAACACUGGCCAGUUUAUCAAAUUGUUUCCGAAGUAUAUAUAUUAGUUCCAGCAUUGUUAGGUUUGAAAGGAAAUUUGGAGAUGACUCUAGCUUCACGUUUGUCAACCCAGGCCAAUUUAGGUCACAUGGAUACAAAGAAACAACAAUGGACUCUGAUUGUGGGAAAUUUGGCUUUGAUACAAUGUCAAGCCAUGGUGGUAGGGCUUUUGGCUUCAUUGGCUGCUGUUAUUCUUGGUUGGGUACCUGAAGCGCAUUUUGAUAUACAUCAUGGACUUUUGUUGUGCGCUAGUGCCUUGGUCACUGCUUCUGUAGCGAGCUUCUUUUUGGGACUUGUAAUGGUAGCUGUAAUAUUAUUUUCAAGACACAUGAAUAUUAAUCCAGAUAAUGUGGCUACACCAAUUGCAGCUUCCUUAGGAGAUUUAACAACUCUAGCUCUUUUAUCGUGGAUCGCUUCUAUCUUGUAUCAUUCUAUAGGUAAUGCUCCAUGGAUCGCACCAACCUUAAUAUUUGUCUGCAUCGUGGCAACACCUAUUUGGGGUUACGUUGCUGCUAAAAAUCCAUUUACUAAAGAAGUAUUGGAUCAUGGCUGGACACCUGUGAUAUCUGCUAUGCUUAUUAGCAGCUUAGGCGGUCUCAUCUUAGACUACACGAUAUCCAGCUAUAAAGGAAUAGCUGUUUUUCAAUUAGUUAUUAAUGGAGUCGGAGGAAACCUUGUUGCCGUCCAAGCUAGUAGAAUUUCGACAUCGUUACAUAAAGAUUUUUGUAUGGGCAGUCAAACUGCACCAACUAUUUGUAUAAGCCCGUUUCAUGCAUUUUUUGCUAAAGGAGGACACGCUAGGACUGCUAGGGUUCUAUUAAUGAUGGUUAUACCAGGCCAUUUAAUAUUUAGUUAUAUGAUAAGUUAUCAGAAAGCUGGCCAUACAUCUUUCACACCAAUAUUUAUUAUAUUCUACUUAACUGUUGCACUGUUGCAGGUAGUUUUAUUAUUGUAUAUUGCACAACUGAUGGUCGUUUGGAUGUGGACAAGAGGAAUGGAUCCAGACAGUUCUGCAAUUCCAUAUUUAACUGCUGCUGGCGAUCUGAUAGGAACAGCUCUUCUUGGUAUUGCCUUUCAUAUACUUUAUGCUAUCGGAGAUGGUGAUUCGGAUGUAGGAGACUGAUUUAUCAGAAUUAUUAUCGAUGAAAAUAUCAGAGAUGUCUUUCUCUUUAACGCAAUCAAUAUAUUAUAAAUAUCUAUGAACAAGUUCAAAUCCUUUUUGCGUGGAAUGAAAAGAAAAAAGACAAGAAACAAAUGAAUGAAUGAAUGAAUGAAUGAAUGAAUGAAUGAUUGAUUGAUUAAAUUUAU